GCCCUGGAAUGCAGAACUUAGGCUCCACGCCCCAUGAUGCACUGGGAACAGCCAGGCCUGGGCUGCUGAUGCGUGAGCUUGCACCCACUCCGGGCAACAAGGUCCGUGGCUACGGUGGCAGUUCUGCGGUGCUCGGUCGUGGAAGUGACGUGCGCGGGGCUGAGCCAGAGCUUUCCCGUCAGUGUCUGGGCGGAGGGAACAGAUCUCUCGGAGGGACCACGCAGCACAGCGCGCCCGCAGUAUGGAAGAUCACAGGUCUGUUGUUUCACAAAACAGUGACGCCUGUGACCUGCCUCUGCCAAACCUGCGACCGCGUCACCAGGAUCUAAUUCCUACACCAUGUGGUCCUAUCAAACCCUGGGCAGAGUUGCCAUGGCCAAUAAAAACCUAUUUCUGCCUGGCCAUCCUUUCUCUUCUCUGUGUGCUUGGCUUAACCAUCUCCAAUCUUGUGCAGCAGAGCAACGAAGAUUCGACGGUGUCUCUUAUUCAGCUGAUAGGAAUCGUGUUCUGCAUCUAUUACGUGACUCGGGGCAUCCUGCAGGAGAAUCGCCAGGAACUCAUUGUCUUUGUCCUCUCCAUUCUACUGGAAAUGAUUCGUGCCAUUGUCAACUUCAGUGUUCUCUCCAAAGAUGCUAAACCUGAUAUACAACCGCGAUUUAUAGUAAUCCUUCUUGUGGGUCUUAUCCAUGUGGUCUGCGCUCUGAGCCUGGUACUGGGGCAGAAUAUGAUGGCUUUCCGGGUCGGCGGUGCUCUGGAAAGUCUGCAGUUGCAGUACAACAUGUUAAGCCUUUGCUUUUCACUGCUGACUUUUGACCUGCAAGCACAGCUCUGUCUGACAGUCCUGGUCUUCUUCUCUGGUUUAUAUGAAAUCUCUACUCUUCACAGCAUCAUUCUCACCAUUGGCUUGAUCUGGGCUGUUCUGAAAGUCACCAUUGGUAUUUUGGCUAUUCUGAAAGAAUUGAAACCUCUUGUGUGGAUAUUUCUGCUGCAGAACCUUCCAGAAGUGGCCUAUCUGGUGUACCUUUUAUACAAGGUGGUCAUGGAAUGGGGCAAAGGAGACUCCUACACACUGGAAGCUGCUGCUGUGACAGGCUCGUUCAUCUCUGUGGUUAUUAAAUCUGUGCUGUUGUGGUCUCUGUACCGCGUGUAUCGCAGCUUUGGCCAAGGACUGAGGGAGAGAAUGUUUUCUUCCUAUGGAAGGAUUGACGCCUAGAAUACUUCUUUUUUUAAAGAGCAUUCACAUUAUUUCUCAACGAUUUGCAAGGACGGAUUUGUACAGUACUGUCAGUAUGCAGGAUGACCAUGUAGUCUAACUGUGCAGUUAUCUCUACAGUCAUCCGCAAACAAGGGAAUCAUUCAGCUUUCAGUGGCCGAGUUGUGUAAUAUAUUCUUCUCUCCCAUACUUCAGCAGUACCAGCCACUGCCUGCACUUUGUGAGACACUGUAAUGAUGUGUACGAUUUUACAUGUACCUUUACACAGAUACACCAUUGAACACUCCACCAGUGGCACACAGAUUUUGUAAGUUGUUUGUUGGAAGAAUUGUGUAUUUACACUGUAGGAAAGGCAGAUCUUGUCAUGCAUUAUAUCUGGCUCGGACAGCCUAUGCUUCUCUUUCUGUUAUGGAGCUACAAGUCCCAUAGCGAGUUGCCAUCAUAAUUAAGGCUUCUUUAUAUUCUAUUCCCUAGUUCCAGCUCUUCAUUUUCUGAUACUUGUGUUUGUCUUGUUGGGCAGUAGUGAGGUUAUACCGGUAUGGAGUACAUGAGGCCAUGGAAGCCCCUUCUCCUGAGGGUAAUGAUAAGCCUAUGUCUCUCACUAGUCCUGCGAUAUCAUUCUAGUAAAAAGAGCCCCUUAGACCCUACAGCUAAUUUACCUUGUAAGUUCUGGUAUAUUACAAUUAAUUUUUUUUUUUUUUUUUUUUUUUUUUCAUUUUAACCACUUAACUGAUAAAAAAAAUUUCCGCCAAAAACCGCUCAGAAAUUGUCGGAUUUCUUUGAGGGAUUUUAGUAAAAAAAAAAAAAUAUAUAUAUAUAUAUAUAUAUAUUUCCCCCCCCCCCUCCUUCCUUUUCUUCAAACAUCGGAACAUCGUUCGGGAACAUAGCAACCAUCAGAACAUCGCAACUUUGGUUUUUACACCCUGGACAGCUGCCAGGUACACGGCGGGCUGGGUGUGGCUUGGUGGGGUUGGUAUACACUUACCAGCGGCUGCUAUCGUCUGCAGCCACUGGAAGUGGGGGAUCCUACCGUGCUGACUGAUCAGCAGUGGUCGGCAGCAUGGCAAUCAGUGGGGGAGGGUACAGGGAGGCAGAGGUACCUUCUGGUCCCUCUGACAGCAGCAGCGGAGGGAAGUUUCUCUUCCCCGCCGCUGCAAACACUUUCUAUCUGACUGGUCGCAUCCUGUGCGACCAGUUUAGAUAAAGCACUUGCAGGCAUGGUCGCAUCUGAUGCAACCAUGCCAGGCAAGUGGUUAAGAACACUUCACACUACAGUAGAUACUAACCUAUAAGACACAGAGAUCCGAAUAAUCACAUCUAAAGGCUCCCAUUCAGUAGCACCAUAUUGUCGCAAUUUCGUGAUUCCCAAUGGCCGGGGAGUCGGGAUUAUUCAACAAGUUUAAAAAUCUCAAUUCCACGAUCCUGACCAUUUUUAGGGAUCUUUUAAAUGUAGAAUUUCCCCCAUUCCCGAUAGAUCGCUGAUCAUCGAUGGCAGUUCCAGCCAAGGAAACAAGGCUUAGCUGUAUGGGAGCCUUAACUCUGAGAAAGGAUUUAUUGUAUUGUACAGUUGGAUAAUGCUGAAAAAUAGGGACAUUUCCAGGAAAUAAAAUAAAUCCAGGCAUAUUUUUAAAACCUGUUAAAUUAGUGACAGCUUGCACCAGUGCUAUAACUUCCUCUAUAACAUGCUGAAAGUAAUUAAACAUUCCUAUAUUUUCUUAUAAAGAACCUUUAGUAGUUUAUGAAACUGCUUUUGAUUUUCAAUUGUAUUUAUAAAUACUGUACAACUGUUACCAAGAUGUCGCAGUUCAUGUUCAGGUUGAACCAUUUGCAGUUGAAAGGGAAGUGAACAUUACUCUUAGGUGGAUAUUCAAUUAAAUCCUACGCCUAAUGGCUAAAUUCCCUGCAGCGUGGGGAAAGGCUUUUCAAUUAGAUAUCAGAGCUUCAGGCAUGAAAACCCACCAAUUCUGCAUAAACUGCCCAUCAAUGGGUUUUCGCUGCUUGCAAACCCAAUUUUGUCUUUUCUCGCGGACUUUACCUCUCUGCUCAUGGAGUCCAAUAUUGGGCAUUCACAAGCUGUGUAAUCCCCACUGAUUAAGUUGCUCCAGCGUGGCAAUUUCCCCCUUAAAGUGUCAUUUGUGCUGAUACCGUUCCAUUGCCAAAAGAUCCGCAAUUGUUCCACCUUUCUUUGGUUGCCAGAAUAGUUCUGUCGCUCAGGAAAUUAUUUAUCACUCUCACUGCAGGUCAAUGUUGCCAUAGAUUGGUUACUCUAAUUACAGUAAGUCUUAGAAUUUCGGCAAAUGUAUGCACACUCCUUUUAAUUGGCUACAGCUGGAGUGCAUUCUCCUGCUGCUGAGAUCUGUUUUAUAGAAGUAACCAAUCGGUGCCAAGUCUUUGUUACCACAACUGCUAAAAAAAACACACUCCCCACAUUCAUUGUGUAUUGUUUAGCAUAGACAGUUAGUUACAUUUCCAAAAUUAUACUUCUGAGAAGAGUUUCAUUAGGGGUGUUUGUUUCCACUUAACUGGCAUGGUCAGAUUUCAUGCAACUGCGCCGUCCCACCCUGUCCCCCCGUUUUUGACGAGGAGAUCCGUUCUGCAGAUGUGCAUAAUAUAAUGUUUAAAUAUUUUAAAAAAUACUUUUUCAACUUUAUGAAAUAAAAUAAAUUUAAAAAAACAAUGUUGUUAACGCUUUAGAAGGGAAAAAUCAUCAGUUAAGUGGAUAUAAAAAUAUAUAUAUUCUGAUAUAUACUGAUAAGAAUAUACUAUUGUCCAACUGCCAUUUAAAUUCAUGCGUAAGAAUAGAUUUUUCUCCAUCCACUAGGGGACACUGGAGGCUUAUGACAGUGGGGUAUAGACGGGUGGAUAAGUGGAGCUGGCACUUUAAAUUUAUUGGUGUGACUGGCUCCUCCCCCUCUGUCCCACCUCCAGACCAGUUUUAGAAAUGUGCAGAGUGAGUAUACUGUGUGUGUGUGUGUGUGUGUAUAUAUAUAUAUAUAUAUAUAUAUAUAUAUAAAAUAUAUAUUUUUUUAUAGCUAAAACAAGUGUAAGGGCAGACAGACAGCACUGCCCCCCCUGUCUGCCUGCAUUUUGGGAGCUGCCGGGGAGACCAAAUGCCACCUCUUAAGGCUGACGCCUAGAUCCCUGGCUGCAGAGACACUGGUCUUUAGGGGUUCCCAAUGCAGCGGCUUGCGCUUGGAUCCCCACUAGCCCACCGCCACUGGCAAGCAUGGCAGCCAUGUGAGCAUUACCUGCCACUCGGCUAGCAGGGAGUCCAGGAGAAGAUAUGGCAAUAUUUAGGGUCAGUCCUGCAGCACGUUGUGAGCACCACAUCAUUGGGGGAUCAUAGAAAAGUAUGCCAUGGCAUAAAUCCCCUAUAUACAGAACAGCAGGACUAGCUCACGGCAGCGCUAAUCGUUUUAAAAAAACUGGGCAACAAUUGAAGACGGUAGAGGCGGCUUAGCUCCGGCAAACUUCAAUUCCCAGACUUCCCAGCGUUGGAAUCCCUUCACUCCAUAAUUGCUGGGCUGGAAGCUCAAGAGUUCCAAGUAUCACUGGAUAUCAAGGACGCUUAUCUCCACAUUCCAAUCUAGGAACCUCAUCAGGUUUAACUCAGAUUUACGAUACGGGACUGUCACUGCCAUUUCCAGGCCCUACCAUUCGGCCUAUCAUCCACACCAUGAGUUUUCAUGAAGGUGAUGGUGGUGGUGAUGAUGCUUCUUGGUGCGAAGGGGGUGACCACCAUUCCUUAUCCAGAUGAUCUAAUAAAGGCCCAGCCGAGGGAAAAGCUGUUGCCGGAUUUUGCCUUAACCCAUCAGGCCCUGAUAGAGCAUGGAUUGAUCAAUUUCCCAAAAUCACACCUGGAACCAACUCAGUUCCUAGUGAUGAUCUUCAAUACAGUGCUUCAGAAGGUUUUUCCUUCCGCUGGACAAGGCUCUGGCAAUACAAGAACUGGUCCGGUUAGUUCUUCAACCUCAAUGAGUCUCAGUUCACCUCUGCAUCCGCCUGCUGAGCAAGAUGGUGGCUACGUUCAAAGCCAUCCAAUAUGGUAAUUUUCAUUUCACUACCCUUUCAAUUGGAUCUCCUCUCCAGUGGAUGGGGUCACACAGCUACAUCAACUAGUUCGCUUAACACCCAGAACGUGGGUCUUGCUCCUAUGGUGGUUGCAAACCUCUCACCUCCUAGAAGGACAUCAAUUUGGCUUAUGGAACUGGGUUCUCAUCAUGAUGGAUACCAAUCUCCGAGGCUGGGGAGCCGUGAUAAAGGACAGUCACUUCCAGGGGCGGUGGUCUCUCAUGAGAGAUGGUGGUUCUUCUCGCUUUGGCUAGAAGGCUCUCGAAACUGGGAGCCUUGUCAUGUCACUCCUUAUUUAGUCUUCCAUGAGGGUAGAGCAGAACCCUGCACAAAGCUGGAUUUUCCGCCUAAAGUGGUUUCUUUCUUUCACAUUAACCAGCCUAUCGUGGUACCUAUGUUUUCAGAGCAUUCUCCACCAUCUCAAUCUUUGGAUGUGGUAUGAGCCCUGUGCAUCUGUGAACAGGACUGCUAAACUGCGGAAAUUGGAUUCUCUCUCUGUCCUCUAUGAUCCAGCUAAGCCAGGGUGGCCUGCGUCAAAGCAGAUGUUGGCUCGCUGGAUUCGACUUACUAUUAGGCAAGCCUGUCUGACUUCCUCUCGGACACCACCAGCAUCUAUUUCUGCACACUCCUUACUUUCUGUGGGACCCUCAUGACCCGGCUGCCCGAGGGGUUUCAGCCAUGCAACUGUGUCAUGUGGCUUCUUGGGCUUCAUCAGAUUUAACAGAUGUGAUACCUCUGCAGCCCAUGAAUUUCACUUUGGCCCAUUUUGCAGGUGUCUCAGCGCUCUCCCGUCCAUGAAUGGUGCUCUGGGAUGUUCCCACUGUCAUAAGCCUUCAGUGUCCCCUAGUGGAUGAACGAGUAAACAGGAUUUUGGUACUUGAACCGGUAAAUUUAUUUCUCUGAUUCCACAGGGAACACGCCUGCCCUGCGCUAUGUUUCCUGCCAUUAUCUGUUUGGCGUCCUGUUGUGACUGCACCCGUUUGUGCAGGUAGUUAUCGACAUUUUCCUAUGUUUAACCUUCUUCUCUCAAGUUAUGUCCUCUCCGUUUCUCCUUGGGCUCAGUUUCUCUAACUGGUCUGGUGGGGGGGUACAGAGGGGGAGGAGUCAGUCGCACAUAAAUUUAAAGUGCCGGUUCCACUUAUCCACUCGUCUAUACCCCACUCUUAUAAGCCUCCAGUGUACUCUGAGAAAUGGAGUACCAAAAUCAUGGGGCUUUUUUUUAUGCAUAAUAACAUUCAUGAUCUGCGACCUGUCGGGGAAUCUGCAAAAUGCACUAUGUUAAAAAUGCCUAACUUGCCGAUCUCGAUCAUUUUGUGGUCAGAAUUGGUGAAUCGAGGAUUUCCAACAUGUUGAAUAUAGGAUGAAUGUACUGUAGGAUGGGCUCUUUCACUGAUAUGGAGAGAUCCUUUGACUGCAUGUUGUAUGUUCACAGCAAGUUUCCAAAUGCAAAUGCCACACUUAAAAUCAACCCCAGACCUUUUGCCUGCUUAAUUGAUAAAGAAAUAACUAAGAAUAGGCCUGACCUGUCCUUGAAACAGCUUUUGAGUGAAAUGUCAAAUUACAGUACUUUUGGUCCCUUGAAAAAUGGGCUACAUAUUAAAUGGCUGUAAUUCUUACACUCUUCCUCCAAUUUGGAUGUGAAUACCCUCAAAUGAAAGCUAAUAGUCUGCACUUUAAAGUCAUAUUCAUUCUAUAACUGUAAUUUGAAUAUGUAGUGUUAAACAGCUAAAAUAACAAAAACUGCCAGUGUCCAAAAAUGGCAUUUUGUUUCCCCCAGCACCCUGAAUAAUAACAGUAACCAGAUUUAAAUCCCACACAACAUUAGAAUUCAGAGAUCUCUGUUACAUAUAUUUGUGCAAAUGUAUGAAUAAGCCCCAUCAAGGCGUCUCUGAAUAUUUGGGGUCCCUAGCACUAUAUCUAGGUGCAGGGUGUGGCACCCCAAAGCACCAGCAUAAGCCAGAAAGCCCAGCGUGGCAUACCAGUGAAAAAACUAUAGUGUUAAUAAAUUAGUGUUAGGAAGCCGAAGCUAUAAAGGUGAUACAAAAAUGAGAUGUAAUUAAAAUGGAGAAAUAGUGUUAAAGAAAUUACUAUGUGAAAAGUGUUAAUAGAAUAACAUUGCACCAAAAGCAGCCAGCUGUAUGGUCCUCUUAAGUUGUCUGGGGAAAACUGCCUAAUGUGUAUCUUAAGAUACAAUGGCUUUGUUUUAUCUCAGACACGUUGUUUAAAAAUGUAAAUUAAAUGACUCAAACACAUUGAAAUCAUGCGUAUAACUACUGUACACAAAUCAAUUCAUUGGCAUGUUUUACUUUUUAGUAUGUGUUAAAAUAAAUAAAAAUUCAGUUUUAAAAAGUUUUGGCACAGCUCAAUUACACUGAUGUAAAAUCUGUUAAAAAAAAAAAGCACUGGCAGUUCCACCCAAGUUAAACAUACAUAAGAAUGCAAUUGUUUAAGGUCUUAUUUGGUACAAUGGUUUUUAUUUUCACAGUAGUUUUCAUGUUUAGUUUGAACAGCUCAAGGGCUCAAUAAAGAUUUUAUACGUUGUGUUACAAUUCUGGGGACUUCCUGUAUUUUUGCAGUGGGUGAGGGUACCUUUAUGCUGUUGGCUGCUAUAGACAAAUAGGCUGAAAGUGGUAUAAUGUACUCUGCCACAUUCUGCUAAAUAACAGUGUAAGAAUAUCGGUUUUUUUGCUCCUUUAAGAGAUAAAGAACAUUAAAAAAAACGAACAUUUAUUUAAUAUAUUUUUUUUUUCUUUUAAGGAAAACUUGGACUGUGUUACAUUAAAGAGCACAAUAACUCACUCACAGCGUGUGCAGCCAUUUUGAGUGGGCUACCAACAGUGGCGUAACCAUAAAUUAGUUGUACCUCCCCCCUUUUCUUCCCCUGUACCUGAUAGUUGUCAGAGAAUCCCCCUCCUCCCUCCCUCUGGGUCUGCGGUCCCGUCGUGCCUGACCACACUGAAAAUGUCCUGCUCGUUGUCAGGGGAUUCCCCACUCUGACCACGCGGUUCUGCAGUCCUGUCGCGCCUGCCCCCAUUAAAAAUGUCCCUACCAAAAUGGCUGCUGUCUCCUCUAGCAUCCUUCAUAACGGUCUUCUGUGAGGUGGUGGCCAUUUUGGAAGGGAUAUUUUCAAUGGGGGCAGACGCGAUGGAAUCCAGGUAGUGACGUAGCAAUAGCCCCCGCAGACCCCCAGCUCUCACAAGCAUGGCGGGGUCUGUGGGGGCUAUUACUACGCCACUGGCUACCAAUAAUCAUAAGGCUAAAGCCCAUCCAACCAGUUCAUUUUCAUAAGUAUCGGUUUAACAAACAAAAUGGUUACUGCUCCUGUGACAGGUAUUUUGUAACUCAUUAAAAUGUUAUAAUUUAGGACUGUUCGUGAUGAUGAUUUUAUGAUCACCACUGUUAAUUUUGUGCUACUAAUUUUGUAAUCCCUAUUACAGAGUAUAUACUAUGUUUCCCUACUGACUUGUCUUCAUAAAUAGCAUUUUAACCUUCUCAUUCUAAGCCUUGUAAGUACAAUGUGUUAUUGGUUUUAUGCCAGUACACUGUUCAAAGCUUUAACAAAAUCUUUAUGUCUGAACCUGUGAUGAAUUGAUACAUGAUGUAUUGGGAUACAUAUGCAUAGAUUUUUAUACAAUGUAUGUUUUUUAAUAAAAUUGCAAUUUCAUUGUA